GUACGGCAAUAACAUUCUCUCUCUCUUGGGAUUAGGAUUACCUAUUAUAUAUACCUACCUACACAACACCUGUGCUUCCAUUACCAACCUCAUUUUGGAUUUUUCACUUACAUCUAUCUAUCUUUCUUUCAUUCUCUCUCUUUAUUGCUCCAUUGCUUACUUUCUUCUCUCUUCCUUUCCUUUUUCUUCUUCUUUUUCCUCAUUCAGUAUCACUCCAAACACACAAAAAAACAUUCUAACUCAUUCUUAUUGUGUAUGGAUAUAAUGGAUCCUUCUUGUGGACAAACUCAGCAAAUGUCAAGCCAAUCAUCAAUGGAAAACAUGUUAGGUUGCUCAAAAGAAGAACAAGAAAGAAAACCAAAACCUCAGCCAGAACAUGCUUUGAAUUGUCCAAGAUGUAACUCAACCAAUACCAAAUUUUGUUACUACAACAAUUAUAGUCUUACUCAACCAAGAUACUUUUGCAAAUCUUGUAGAAGAUAUUGGACAAAAGGUGGAACAUUAAGGAAUGUUCCGGUUGGUGGUGGAUGUCGAAAAAACAAACGAUCAUCAUCGUCUUCGUCUUCAAAGAGGGUCCAAGAUCAAAACCAAACAUUCACACCUAAUCUUAACCCUUUUAAUAAUCUUCCUCUUUCAUCUUAUGAUCAUAAUUCCAAUGAUUUUGCAUUAGCAUUUGCUAGGCUUCAAAAACAAUCAUGUGGACAAAUGGGUUAUGAUGAUAAUGAUCUUUCAAUUUUGGGUAAUCCUCAAAAUCAUGGAUUUAUGGAUGCAAUUAGAAGUGGAUUAUUUCUUGGAAAUGGAUUACAUUAUAAUAAUAAUGUUCAAAACAUGUAUGGUGGGUAUGGAAAUGGAGGAGAUAAUGGUGAAGUGAAUAGUUGCAACAACAAUAGCAACAAUGCUUGUGGGGUUAGUGAAGAAAUGAUGUUUCCUUAUGAUCAAGAAAUGAACAAUUGCAUUGCAACAACUAACAUGAAGCAAGAACAAAGUGAAAGUAAGGUUUUUGGUGGGUUUCCAUGGCAACUAAAUGGAGGGACAAACAUGGUUGAACUUGAAUCAACAAGAGCAAGUUGGAAUAAUGGUUUCACAUCUCCUUGGCAAGGACUUCUUCAUAGUCCCCUAAUGUAGAAUCAAAAUAUAUCAUAUGGUUCUAAAUUGUGUUUGCGAUUGUGGUUGCGGUUGCGGUUACACUGCAAAUCAUGACAAAGGCCGUUAAUGCGGCUGAAAUUGAGAUUACAAUGUUGGAGGAAGCACCGAAAUCUUAAUAUUGCAGCCGAAAUUGCGACUCUGACAGCAAUUUAGAAUUUAUUUAUUUAAUUUCGUCUAAUGUUUAACUAAAAUAUAUUGGUCUUGGUUAAUUAAACUUUCAUUAAUCCUCUUGAGUAGUUUUAAGUUAAUAGAGAUUUUGAUUAUGAAAAUUGAAUCAAAUCUCUAUUCUACCUUGUUUGCUUGUAUUUUUUUUUCUCCCUUUGUUUUAGUUUAUCUAAGAUGUCACAUUUUUUUGUACGACUGUCUUAUUGUAAUAUUAAUGAAUAGAUUAUAAUUAAAUUUGAGAUAUGUUUGAUUGCUACCAAAA